CGCCGGAUCGGAGUAUAAUAGGGGAUUUACCAGCUUGCCCAGGGGUCUGUUCCUUGCCUCGUGUGAUGGGAGUGAAUAUCAUGAAGGAAUACCUGCCUGCUGUCUGUGUGGCUGCGCGGAUGAUCUCCAAGGGGAACAGCUUGUAGUUUCACAUGGGGCUAUCCUGUUAUCUGUGAGAGGAGGAUCAGGAAUAAACUGCACCAGGCGGGGCACAAAGCCAGCCAUAGGAAAGCGGAUCCGGGGCAUUUACCUGCAGCCUCUCGUAACGGGAUCACAGGCGGAGGGCAUCCCGUGUCAUCCCUGUGCAUGUCCAUUUAUCUGACUCACCAAUCAACAACCCCCUACUGGGGCUCAUAGCCUGCCUACUACCCCCUCACUGGACCCAAACCGGGAUGACCUGCACCGCCUGGACACUUUAUUGCCGGUGUCUCUGAAAUACAUGGACUAUAUUUGUGCGCAUUUCUGGAUGGGAUCGGCCGGGAUCUGCUUCUCUGUCCGACGUCUUGAAGGAUAGACAGGAAGUUUGCUGGCUGCUCUUUCAUCACCCAGAGGCAUCACUCACAGAGUGGGACAAAGAGCCCCAUCAGCAGCAGCUGCAGCAUCGCAGUGUCCUUCCUCCUGCACACUAGGCGUGGGGACUGGGGAGAGGCUGCUGCCGGGAUCCCUUCCACCUGCCCCAUACAGCCAGCAAGGGGGGCAAUUGUGUGUCAUCACAAGCAAGGAGAAGGGGCUCAUGCCUGGAGGGAUCUGGGGCAGAUAUCUGGGACUGGUCGGGGCAAUUAGCUGCUAGACAAAGCUUGUGUCAUCGCCAAAUCGUCCAGCCCUCUCUGGGGGUAGCUUUUUACCGGAGCCAUCGGGAUAACCCAGCCGGCUGAGCAGAAGGGAGACUGAGCACGUAGAAGGACAACAAAAACAUCUGAGACUACUCCGUGCCUCCCUGCCCCCACACACCCUCACCCACCCAGCCGGCGAUUGGGCACACUGAAAUAUUAAUAUCGGCGGUGGGGGGGAGUCAUCACAUCGAUUAUCCCCUGCAGUGUCCCUCCUCCUCAUCACCACCCCCCACCCAAAAAACAAGCCCCGCUGCCCCGCUGCUCCGGGACCCCCGUCUCCCGGCUCAUUGUGGAGAAGCGGCGAGUGCACAGGUGCAAAGUGCGGCUGGAGGAACCGGGCCGGGCUGUCUGCUGGUCGCCAACAUGGAGAGCGAUCGGGACAUGUAUCGCCAGUUCCAGGACUGGUGCCUCAGGACUUACGGGGACUCAGGGAAAACCAAGACGGUGACCCGUAAGAAAUACGAGCGGAUCGUGCAGCUCCUCAACGGCUCGGAGUCCAGCUCCACGGAUAACGCCAAAUUUAAAUUCUGGGUCAAAUCCAAAGGCUUUCAGCUGGGCAACGAUUCGGACGAGGUCAGCCCCGGAGACAAGCAAAUGCUGUAUGUGCCCGUCAAGAGCACGGAUGGAGUGGGCAUUGAAGAGAAGCUGUCCUUGAGAAGAGUGGCAGUGGUGGAAGAUUUCUUUGAUAUCAUUUAUUCCAUGCAUGUGGAAACCGGGCCUAAUGGAGAACAAAUCAGGAAGCAUGCUGGACAAAAGAGGACUUACAAAGCUAUUUCUGAGACAUAUGCCUUCUUACCGCGAGAAGCAGUGACAAGGUUUCUAAUGAGCUGCUCAGAGUGUCAGAAAAGAAUGCACUUAAACCCAGAUGGAACGGAUCAUAAAGAUAACGGAAAACCUCCAACAUUGGUGACAAGUAUGAUUGACUAUAAUAUGCCAAUUACUAUGGCGUACAUGAAACACAUGAAGCUGCAACUCCUAAACUCCCAGCAAGAUGAGGAUGAAAGCUCUAUAGAAAGUGAUGAAUUUGAUAUGAGCGAUUCUACCAGAAUGUCAGCCGUGAACUCUGACCUUAGUUCUAACCUUGAGGAAAGAAUGCAAAGUCCUCAAAAUGUUCAUGGACAGCAAGAUGAUGAUUCAGCUGCAGAAAGCAUUAGUGGCAAUGAAACAGUGGGACACAGUUCCAACACUACAGGAGGACCUCACGGCAGGGAGACCACAGAAGCCAGCAGCAAUGGAAAAGCCAUUACAGAACAAGAUGAACAGCCCUUGAAUCUGAGCGACUGCCCCCUGACUACGCCACUAAAUCCCGAAUUCCGAAUAGAUGACCACAGCAGCAAUGGCAAAACCAAGUACAAGAACCUAUUAAUCAGCGAUAUCAAGAUGGAACGGGAUACAAGGGAGAAUGGAAGCAAGUCCCCUGCACACAGCUACUCCAGCUACGACUCUGGUAAAAAUGAAAGUGUAGGUGGAUGUGGUGAAGACCUCUCUUUGAAUCGGGGAGACGAUGAUGAAGAUGACCACGAUGAUCAUGAAGAUAUGGAGAAGGCAACAGAAUCGGAUGGAGUAGAAGCAGAGCGACUUAAAGCUUUUAAUAUGUUUGUAAGGCUGUUUGUAGAUGAAAACUUGGACCGAAUGGUCCCUAUCUCUAAGCAGCCCAAAGAAAAGAUCCAGGCUAUCAUUGACUCAUGCAGGCGACAAUUCCCUGAGUACCAAGAACGUGCCAGAAAACGUAUACGCACUUACCUCAAGUCCUGCAGGCGGAUGAAAAGAAGUGGUUUUGAGAUGUCUCGGCCUAUCCCUUCACAUCUUACUUCGGCUGUAGCGGAAAGCAUCCUGGCAUCAGCUUGCGAAAGCGAAAGCCGAAAUGCUGCCAAGAGGAUGAGAUUAGAUAAACCACAGGACGAAACAGCUCUAGCCGAUAAACCAUAUAAACAAGAGACAGCACAGGUCACUUAUUCCACGUCUGCUGUUUCGAGCACGCAAGAGGUGUUAUACAUCAAUGGAAAUGGCACCUACAGUUACCAUAGUUACAGAGGACUGGGGGGAGGCCUACUAAAUCUCACGGAUACUACGAACAGUGCAGGACCAACUGAUCUGAGCAUGAAGAGGCAGUUAGCAACCAGCUCCACAGCGUCCAGCAACACAAGCUCCAGACCUCAGCUAAAUCCUACUGAAAUUAAUGCAGUGAGGCAGCUGGUUGCAGGCUAUCGGGAAUCGGCAGCGUUUUUGUUGCGUUCAGCAGAUGAACUGGAAAACCUCAUUUUACAGCAGAACUGAGUCACACAACCUCUUCCUGGCCUGGUUUAUUCCCGAAGUUCCGCUAAUGACAUUCUGAUGUGCCAGAGUGGGCCCUUCUUGUUAAGGCACUGAUGCGUAGAGGACUUAAUUACCAUAAUGCCACACUGUUUUUGAUCCAUGACGUGAUGUUGAGGUGCUGCAAGUGAACUUCAGAUCUCUGACUUUCUAGAGGUCUUUGAUAUGUCCAGCUUUUUGUUCUAAGUGUGUCAGUUUAAAUAUUGCAUAUGUGGCCGUAGAUCAUUAAGUCAUGCAAAACAGUGAAGCACAUGGAGACACAGUGAUGGUAACUUAGUUCAAUUUCCAAGUGCAAUAUUAGUGGAAUGUGCUACUGACUCUGGAAUUAUAGCUACAUGGCGUGGCAGGACAAUGCCACCAUACAUCUCAUACUAGGAAAUUCAAUGAAGGAUUGCAUAUUUUUUAAAUAAUGUGAUUUUUUAUAUGACAGUUUUCAUGCAGACAUUUUAUUUACAUUUCAGCGAUCUUUUCACUUACCUACAUAUGGGUUCAAUACAUAUAUUUAAUUUCCCUUUUUGCAGCCCAUAACUUCCGAAAAACCAAACAAAAAAACUACAACACAAAGUAGG